AUGACUGUUUACACUUACGGCGCUCUAGGUGACGGUCACAUACGUCUUCUUAGACUACUGCCAGCGGCAGAGAGUACUGCAGCAUUGGAAGGCAACCUCAUCGUCCGCAAGCUACGAGUCAGUGAUAGACUCACCGAGAGUGAGCCAACCAUUACAUUCAACGACGACGGCGUUCUUUCUUUCGUCCAGCAUGAAGCUCAGCAACCAAUCUCGGCAGAACUUGAACAAACCGGCGCAGGUGCUGGAGAGGUGUCCAGCGAACUUCAAAUCCAGGAAGCUGAGUCAUACGAAGCUCUAUCCUACACCUGGGGAGGCAAACCUGAUUCCUCGCACUUCAUUAGAAUCCUGGAAGGUGGCCAAGCAUACAACAUCCCAAUCACACAGAAUCUCGAGUCUGCCCUGCGCCACUUGCGUCCUUCAUCCGAUGCAACUUAUCUCUGGGUCGAUGCGCUGUGCAUUAACCAGGUCAACCACGCCGAGAAGGGUUCUCAAAUCCCAAAGAUGGCGGAUAUCUAUAAUCAGGCCACCAAGGUCCGUGUCUGGCUAGGCGAAGCAAACGACAAUAGUGACAUUGCUCUGAAGUUCAUCAGACGAGUCAUAAAUCUCAGCGACCUCGAUGAACUCGUGCAGAACCCAGAGAUCUCAGGCGAAUGGGCAGCUUUCUUAGACCUGAUGAAAAGGCCCCUCUUCAGUCGCCGAUGGGUGGUACAAGAGAUAGCUCUAGCCAGAGACGCUUGCUUGCAUUGUGGCACAGAAUCAGUAACCUGGAGAGAAUUCGCAGAAGCUGUGUCACUGUGUACGAGUAAACAUCACGAUGUCAGAAAACUCUUCAAAGGCUCCCAAUCGUUCGACCACCAUCCCGACUUCCUGGGCGAGAUCGAGGAGCUGGGUGCCAACCGGCUGGUCUAUGCGUCCAGUAAUCUUUUUCGCAAGUCAGACGAUGGUACAAUCAUGGAACAUCUGCUAUCACUUGAGGCUUUGAUGUCAUCACUCUCUGUGUUUGAAGCCGAAAAUCCGCAUGACGUUGUUUACGCUAUUCUAUGGCUGGCGAACGAUGCUACACCAAGCACAGAACGGGCGAUUGGAUCUUCACUGAGUGAGCAUUGGGUAAUUCAUACUCCGACUCCCGGCUCCCCAACACCAUACGCCGAGUCUCCAACCCGGGCUUCCUCUCCGGCUUCUGAUCGCAGAACACUCCAAACGCCGAAUGACUCAGCUGUGCAAAGUGCAGACACAACUGGACAUUCCGAAACCCAUUCGCCCAUUGAUCACACGAACCAGUACUUACAAGCGCAAACUUUAUCCGUACCGAAUUAUGGCCAAAAGGGUCAUAAGCGGACGGCUUCUGAUCUCACCCUACCACCUCCAAAGAUUAGAUUACAGAUGCCAGUCGAUAGAAAAAUCACAGUUGACUACAGUAAGAGUGUGUACGAAGUUUGUAAAGACUUCCUGGCGUUCGUCAUGGCCCAAUCAGAGUCCUUGGACAUUAUCUGCCGACCAUGGGCUCCUGAGCCUGUCCAUGAGAAGGAGCAAGAUCUGCCAUCAUGGAUACCCAAGCUUUCUAGCGCUCCGUUCGAGCUCGUCGACAAAGUUUACAAACGAGUGGAGGCAGAUGCGCUGGUAGGGCUUCCGGGUAUGCGCCGUAAGAACUACCUGGCCUCUGGCAAAAGGAAAGCAAUAUGGCGAUUCAAGGAAAGUGUCGACAGAAGCUUGUUUGUCUGCGGCUUCAUCUUGGACAAGGUCAACGUGAGAAGCGAAACUGCACAGCAAGGAAUUAUCCCAGCAGAAUGGCUCAAGGUGGUGCAAUGGGACCCUGGAAGAGCAGCUGCACCAGAUCGAUUUUGGCGUACCCUGGUUGCAGAUCGAGGACCUGAUGGCAGCCCACCCCCUCACAUAUACCAGUCAGCACUCAACUAUGCAUUCCAACGGAAAGGUCAACGCGGUGAUCUUAACACCAGAGAGUUAAUCCUUUUUGGGAAAUGCCCAUCUAUGGCGAUCGACUUUCUUCGUCGAGUCCAAUCUGUAGUGUGGAAGCGUAGCCUUAUCUCAACAUCGCGUGAGCACUUCCUAGGUCUGGCUCCAUCCAAGGCUCGAGAGGGGGAUCUGAUCUGCAUUCUCUAUGGAUGUAGUGUCCCUGUUGUCCUUCGAAGAAAGCACCGAACAGCUUCGGAAGACAUUCCCAUUUAUCCCACGACGGGGACAGCAACGAACGAGGACAUUGUUCCGAGAGUAAGAUCCAACAAGCGCGAUCACUAUUACGAGUUCAUCGGCGAGUGCUACAUCCAUGGAAUGAUGGAUGGAGAAGCGCUGCGACAUCAAAGAAUUAGAGAGCUUCAGCAGCAAGAGUUCGAGCUAAGGUAG